CUAAACGUACUGCGAUCAGCUGAAAUUUCAUUUUAAAAAAAACAUUUUCAGAUUUGAUAGCAUUUAAGUUUUUAUAGAUCAUUGUACACAGAGUUGGUAUCUUACGGUACGCGUGGGGCUGCGCCGGUUCGGAAUGGAUGGUCUUAAAUGCCAGUCUAAACGUCAAAUUCUCUGUGAGAUCCUGAAUUUCGUCAUAACGGGGACGACAAUUCUGAUGUUUUGGAAGGGAUUAAUGGUCUUUACGAACUGUACCAGUCCCCUUCUCGUUGUCUUAAGCGACAACUGCCUUUCCCGCGGCGAUAUUGCGUUUCUGGUGAAUCAUUCACCGGACUCGAUUAAGGUUGGGGACGUUAUUGUUUUCACACUGGAAGGACGCGAUAUUCCAAUUGUACACCGCGUUAUGCAACUACACAACGACGGUGAAGGGGACAUAAAGUUUCUUACGAAAGGUGACGAAAACUGGGUGGACGAUCGAGGCUUGUAUCCACAGGGACAAAUGUGGCUGCAGCCGAAGGAUGUUGUCGGCCGAGUGGUCGGAUAUAUUCCUUCCGUUGGAACAAUAUUAAUCAAGAUAAAUGAGUAUCCCAAAAUGCAGUUCAUCCUGCUGAUUGUGCUUGCCGGACAUGCGAUAUUACACCGGAAAGGUCAUUGGAACCAUUAUUUUCUGGUUUGGUUAAUCCUAGCGGCUGUGGUGAUGAAAGUUGGUUAUUAACAAUUUUCAGACUGAUAGAAAAAGGUCAGUAUUACCGCUGCAUCGAAAUUUGUUAAAAGCUAGUUUACGGCAUAUGCACUGGAGUGCACUGCACAUUUUGUGGUAGGUACUCCGUACUCGUACUGUAAUUGUACGAUGACGUAUAAGUCAUUUUUGCUGUGAAUAUUUUUCAGGAUAAUUAAAUACACCGAUGACCUUUUUUCGCGAUUCAUAUGACGCUGGAGCUUAAACGUAUAACUAUGCCGAUCAAUAUACGGUAACUUGCGCAAGGCUAUUCCAUACAGGUUAACACUUGCAGAAUGACGUCGUGGUUCCGGAUAGAAAAAAAGAGCAAAUUUGGCCAAUUAAAAGAUCCACAAGGGGAAAGCGGACCGCAAAGGCGACUCAGCAGGCUGUUCAUCAGCCUGCUCGAUCUCUGUAUUUGGAAACUGGCUCUUUGCAUUUUGUCUAGCUGAUUACGUAGUUUAGUCUGUAUUUUGCCAUUAAUUUUACUUUGUUUUAUCGAAGCUUGAUUUUCUGUUUUAAAAUUUUAUAAGAGAAUAAAAGCACUCCUUCUUG